UCCGUGGAGCCCCACAAAGCUCUAAUCCUCGCCGUCGUGGUGUGCUGUUUUACUCCUGCUUCUUUUAUAGUGUUAGAGCUUCAAUAAGGGGGCAGUAGAUUGUGGGGGUCUUUUCUCUUUGUUAGGGGUGUUUGCUGAGCAGUGUAUGCAAAUACUCAUUGUCAUUGGUUUUACAAGGAAGGCUAGACUUGAAGCUGAUUGUAUCUACUCAGUGAUUUUCCCCCGAGUGGGUAUUCAAAGCCUGAAACACCGCAGCAAGGUGUGAAAAGCGUUUUGCAGUGAAACAUGCUGACGUCCCACAUGGCACCUUUCCAGCCAGGACAGCUCCUCAAGUCUUGUUCUAGAUGCCAUGCUCCCGUCAGACCCUCCCAGAGAAAUUUGUACCAAAAUGAGCACUCUUUCGGGCCACAUCUGGGCCGUGAGCAGACAUGAACACAGACAUGUGUGCUGGGCAGAUAAAGGGAAGGAUGGGUGUGACGUUUCUGAGAGGGUAGCAAGAUUAGGGCUGAGAUCACGAGCCAUGAGUUGGGAUUUUGCACAUGGCCAUGGAGGCUAUGAUUCUGAUUUUAGUGAUGAGGAGAAUGGAGAGAAGUCUGUUCAAAAGACGAAAAGUGAGAAGGAAGACAGCCUUCUGAUAAAGCCAUUCCAAAAAGCAAAGCAAGGCAGUGUGGUUCACAGACGAUUUGCAGCUGAAGAGUGGGAUAGGGAAGAAGCCAGAAAAAGAAGAUUUCACUUGAUAGCAAUGGAUGCCUAUGAAAGGCAUAAAAAGUUGGUGAAUGACUACAUUUUAUACUAUGGUGGCAAAAUAGAGGAUUUCCAACGUUCUGGAGCAAACGACAAGACAGAUCUUGAUGUUAUUAGAGAAAACCAUAGAUUCCUGUGGAACGAAGAUGAUGAAGCCGACAUGAAUUGGGAGAAGAGGCUUGCAAAGAAGUAUUAUGAUAAAUUGUUCAAAGAAUACUGUAUAGCAGAUCUCAGUAGAUACAAAGAAAAUAAGUUUGGAUUUCGAUGGCGACAUGAGAAAGAAGUAAUUUCAGGCAAAGGUCAGUUUUCCUGUGGAAAUAAGCACUGUGAUGAGAAGGAAGGCCUGAAGAGCUGGGAGGUGAAUUUUGGUUACGUUGAACAUGGUGAAAAGAGGAAUGCACUUGUGAAAUUGAGGCUAUGUCCAGACUGUUCCUACAAACUCAACUUUCAUCACCGGAGGAAAGAAGUCAAAGCACGCAAGAAAAGCAGCACAGCUCUACCAGACUCCAAAGAGCCAGAAAGUAAGAAGACAAAAUCAUCUUGUUCAGCAAAAAAGAAGUCAAAAAAAAAACCCCAUAAAGAUCACGUUUCUUCAGAAGAUUCAGAUAAUUCUGAUAAAGAUUCAGAUAACAGCAAUGCACAAGAUGGCCCUUCAGAUGCUGACUUUUGGAAAGGUCCUCUACAAGAAGCAGAUGAAAAAUCACGAGAGGAAGAAUUUGAUGAGUAUUUUCAAGACUUGUUUCUUUGAAAGUUCAAAUUGAUGUAAGCUGAUUCUCUUCAUGAAAUGUCAAGAUGAAGGUCUGGAAAUCCAGUCAUAAUUAGAGACCAGGGACAUCUUUCUGCCACCAUACCUUUUCUACAGUCACUCAUGUGGAUCUUUUGGGUAGAUUAUCUUUGUAGAAUUCUUCAGGUCUAAAAAUUUUUUUUCUUGUGGUAGGCUGUAUACUCAUGAAAGAUGAGAAACAAUGUUUCCAGUUCAGUGCAAAAGAUCUAUGGCACCCAAACUUAAGAGUAGGAAGAUGUAAACAAACAAGAAUAUAGUUUAUUGACAUUACAUCAUGGAAGUUGGCUGCUUUUUAUUUAAUGCCAAACUUCAGUUAUUGCCAGAUUUUUUUAAAGGAGCAUUUUGGAAGAUUCUGUUAAAAGUUUAAAGCCAUACACUUUAAUACAGACAUAUUCCUAUGUUAUUAAACAAGUGUUAAUAGCCUUAAAUUUAUUGGUCAUGUAGACUUUAAUACUUAGGUAUUAGUCUCUAUAAAUAUUCUCAAAUGCUACUGGAGAAGUUCAGUUUUUGCCAAAUAUGUAUUUUACUUGAAUUAAGUAAGCAUAUCUGAAAUGUCUCCCCUGCUCCUUAAUAAAGUUUAGUUCAUUGUGACUUUGUUUUAAAUUUUAGUUAUAAUAUGAUGUGACUGAUAAUACCGUUUGUAAAAAUCUGGUUCACUGGUGACAUUUUCGAUGUGAAAAAUAAAGUGUGUGGCUUUCUACUGGAGAUGUAUAUGUAACUUUUAUAUUAUCUCUGGUUGCUGAUCUCCUUAUCGUUGACUGAAUGUGAAUCCUUUAAAGUGUAAUCCUAAAUAUACAAGUAAAGAAUAUACUUGAGAAACU